GAUGGGGAGGAAUUUUGUUCAUACUUCAAUGAAUAUUGUAUGAAUAGAUCAAUGAUAAGUUCUCAACAUCUAGAAGAACAAUUGUUACCUGAUACAGAACUUGUUAGCUCAGAUUGUGAAAAUAGUUAUGUAAUAAAGGGAAAGUAUGACAACUCUAUAACAACUAAAAAAUUCCUAUUGAAGAUUUGUAUAAUUGUAUGUACUGAAAUACUUAUAACAGUAUUAAUUACUACAAUAUUCAGUAAUGUAACAGCAAUCAAAAAGGCAUUGAAUGAACAUCCAUGGAUAUCACCAGCUUUCGGCAUUCAAGCCUUACUAUUUGGUGAACUUCUCUUUGUUGUACCGAAUUCAUUAACCAGUAAACCAUGGAAUUAUAUUCUCCUUACAAUGAUUGCAAUCACAUCUGGUAUUGUGAUAUCAACCUUCGCUAUUCUUCCAUCGCCAACAUGGUCAAUUUUGUCAUGGAUAAUCGCUGUGAUGCUGUUCACUGUCUUUUUUAUUGCUGGUUUGAAAGUGAAAUAUGAUUUGACAAAGUACUGGAAUGUUGUCACCUUUUAUGCAUUAAUCAUGAUCUGUUUGGGUUUUGUAAUUUCAGUUCUACUGAAUGAACUGAAAACUGGUCAGGUGGCUAAUCAUAUACUUGGUGCGAUUUAUGUCACCAUAUCUAUUCCUUGCACUAUUUGUGAAGGACAAAUGAUACAAGGCGGGAAAAAUGUUGAAUUUAAAAGGAAACAGUAUAUUUUAGCAUCUUUAAUGUGUUGGUUCACACUGACAUGUACAUACUUUGGUGUAUUAUUUCAGCUUUCAGAUUACAACUUUUUUAUAUCAUAUAGUUCAAAUCCAUAACAGUAAUAAUAAUCAUACUAAUACUGAC